AUGGAAUUCCUCGUGCCGCUACAUGCAGCGGAUCUGGAGCUGGCCAAGGCAGGGCGUUACCACGUGCAGUCAGUGCACGCGUUUGAAGACGAGACGGACGAAGAGAUUGCAGGGCACGUCCAGCAAGUGGAAGACCAGGUGCUGGGCAGCGAGGCGGGACUGGAGCUGCUGCAGGACGAGUGGCUGGACUUGACGUACAGUUUCGUCAAGAAACUGCCGGCGUUACCAGAUCCACUGCGUAUGCGGGUGAUUGAGAUGCUCGCAGCUUUUGUGAGCAGCGUGACGGAGAGUGUGUUGGCGAGACGCUCGGGCAGCGAUGACGCAGACGCCGUGGCUUUGAUCCGAAGCGCUUUUAAAGCCAGUGUGUACUUUCUAGUCACAGCACUCACGAGUGUCUGCAGUAGUUUGCAGCUACAGGUGGAAAAAGACGUGAUGAAGACAAAAGGGAAGAAGAGCCAGACGGCUGUGACGAAUCGCAUCAACUGGAGCAAAGUCGUCGAGGGAGCUAUUCAUAAACUCAGUCGAUCGAUCAGCCCUGCGACGUUUGGCAUGUGGAACAUGAGAGUCCCUGAAGAGGAGUUUUCGAUGCUGUAUUGCAAAGUCGUGUUUGAGCUAUUGGGCAAUGCAACGCUUUGUCGCGGGAAGGCCCUGAAGCCAAAGCUUUAUCAUUUGCUCGCAAUGAGUCUGCAAAAAGCGCCUGCUAUCCAUGUUUCAGUAGUAGCCUCACUCAUUGAUCUCAUCUAUGCACAUGAGCAUCUGAGUGCCCCCAUUGCCGAAUUGGUCGAGCUGCUGUAUUUCAAGUAUACCAACACCACGUUUGCGUCGAACCUUAUCAGCGAGAUUGGGAAGAUAUCCUCUCGGGAUGCCUCGAAAGACGUAGCUGGGACGCGAAAUAUUGCCAUGUUCCUUUCCAGUCUGUCAACUCUCACCCCAGCAUUGAUUACGGGCAACCUGAGUUUCGUGUUGGCAUUGUUAGACUGUGAAGCGUAUCAGCUACGGAAUGCUGCUGUUACGUGCGUGACACAGAUCUUACUCUGGAAUUUUCGACAGAGCGGACAGCAGGAGCCCGAGGACGACGCAGUGAUUGCGGUAAAGAAGAAACGUGGACCUGACAGUGACGAAAGUAGUGACGGGGAAGGAGAUGGCAGCAGUAGUGAAUCGAAUGGUGAAGCGCACACUGAAAACGCUAACACCGAAGCCCCUCGCACGUUCUCUCGUUCGACGAGAGACCAGUUACUCAAUGUGCUUGAAGAACGCAUUCAUGACAUCAAUUCCUUUGCUCGUGGGCAUGUGUUAAAAAUGUGGGCUCUCUUGUGCGAAGAAGGAGCGCUGCCGCUACACAUGCUUAAGAACGUUACAUUGAUGGCUGUGGGACGGUUGCAGGACAAGGCAGUGGUCGUUCGCCGUCAUAGCAUCCACCUGCUUACGUUAUUGCUAGAAAGAAACCCGUUCAUGGGUAACCUUGAUCGUCAAUUCUACGCGAUGAAGCAUGACGCCUUGACAGUAGAGAUGAAGAAAAAGCGGGACGAAGUGAUCGCCGGCGCGGAAAAGGAAAUGAGUGAAGCUAUGGGUGACAUCGCCAUCCAUAGCGGAGACUCGGAAGCACCCUCGUCGACUGUUACUUCAGAAGAGGAAGCUGUCGCUCUGGAAAAAGAUCUGCAGAAGACCAUGCGUUUGUUAAAGUACUACCAAGAUGCAAUCAACUUUAUUGAUGAGUUUGAGCUGCAAGCGUUGCCACUGAUGGGUCAAUUGCUGGGGAGCAAGUCGACUUCCGAUGUACUGGAGGCUAUCCAAUUUCUUGAGAAAGCAUACCGGUUCCAUCUUAGCGCGGCCCAAGCUGGUAUCAGAAAAGUAUUGCCAUUGAUAUGGCGAUCCGAUGUAUCCAUUCAAGAUCAGUUGUCCAGCACUUUCGUGGCUUUGUUCGUCCGCAUUGAUGAAGAAGACCCUGAGCGAGAUUCACCUCAGCUAGUGGCAGAAAAUCUUGUGAAAUUUCUAGACAAGUGUACUGUUGCUGAUUACACGUGUCUCGAGCGGAUCAUGGGCGAGCUCCACCGUGGCCAGAAGGUACCAAUGGUGGUAAUCAGCUCUCUUUGGGGGCUUGUGGAUGUCACAGUGUACCCUGUCUCCGUUGUGAGCAACGCUUUGGCCCUGCUGAGCAUGAUUGCGAACAUCGAUGAUUCGAUGUUGUUUUCCAACGACCGUCUCAGUCAGGUUCUUUCGAUGGGAUUCGGGGAUGUGGCAUGCAGCCCAGACUCACGGUAUCGAGUCUUCGGAGCUGCUUGUCGGUUGGUGCAAUGUGUUCAACUGGAGCCGAAAAGCUUAGCCUCAAAAUCCAGCGGUCAAACCCAAAGACGCAUACAGCGCACAAAUCUAGACGCAACGGAGCAGAUCAUCCUUCGCUUGCAGCGAUUUCUUGCUCUAGAUUUUGUAAAUGACGACGGAAUCGACACGGAGUGCCUACAUUCCACAUGGUUUGAUACCGUGCAGCAAGCGAUUGACGCCAUCUUCUCCAUCUGUGAGCGUCCGGAAGACGUGUGUGGUGACGUGAUUAAGCAUCUUUCGCUGCGUCUCUUCGAAAGUGAAACAAACGAUGUGUCGCGUAUUGAGUUAGCUCACUUUUUUUUCGUGUUGGGUCACUCCGCAGUAAAAGUUGCUAUUCACGUGGAAAAACUAGCUGCAAAGGUGAAGGAAAUGCGCGGCAAUCGUGGCGUACCGAAGAAACCCGCUGACAACACAGUGUCGAAUGGCGACGCCGAAGACGUGACUGCGAUGGAGGAUGAACUUGGUGUUGCUGCUGAGGUUGAGGCUGAGGAAGAUACCUUUGUAAACAAUAUCAUCCAAAAGGAGAUCGCUUGCCGCAACUUGCUUGGAGUGUAUGGGCCACUGAUUAUCCGCGUACUCGUGGGAACCGAAGAAGAGUUCCAGAGUGACGAGCUGCUGAUAGAGUGUGCUGUGGUAGCGCUGAGCAAAUUCAUGGCGGUUUCGGAGGAGUUCUGCGAAAAGCACUUGCAAUUGCUCUUCACGAUCCUCCAAGAUUCUUCGCAGCCCUCUGUGCGAGGUGACGUGAUCAUCGCGUUAGGAGACCUCUCAUUCCGCUUUCCAAAUUUGGUGGAGCCUUGGACACCCCACCUUUACAAUCGACUCCGUGAUGUCAACCUCAACGUCCGCAAAAAUACAAUCGUUGUGCUCUCUCACCUGAUUCUCAACGACAUGAUCAAGGUGAAAGGCCAGAUAAGCGAGAUUGCUAUCUCACUGGUCGACAAAAAUGACGGCAUCCGCAAUCUUGCCAAGCUCUUCUUUUACGAGCUAUCGAAGAAAGGUACGAACCCUAUUUACAACAUGCUGCCGGACGCCAUUGGCCAACUAUCGACAAGCGAGCUCGUAUCCAAUGCUGACUUCCAGACGAUCGCGCGGUUCCUCAUUCAAUUCAUUUUGAAGGAAAAGCAAAUCGAGAGUAUCGUUGAAAAGCUGGCACAGCGAUUUUCAACGGCCGCCAAGGCCCAGCAGCAGCGUGACCUGGCUUUUUGCUUGGCACGUUUGCCGCAUACGGAAAAGUCGCUCAAGUACCUGUACCAGAAUCGCAAGCUGUACAGUGAUGCGCUCCAUGAUAGUGCAGUUGCUGACAAUUUUACGUCCCUGGUCGCAAAAGCUCGGCGGGGAACCAGUACGCUUACAGCGACAGCUGAGAUGAAAGAAGCCAUUGACAAGCUGGACCAGUUUGUGGCUGGCAAGAAGGAGGGAAAAGAGAUGGACGAGACCAUGGGCAGUGAACCUGCGGAACGUGUUUCGUCACCGCAAGCCAAGGGCAAGGCGAAGCGCAAGGUCUCUACCAAAGGUGUGAAGUCUUCGAGAGUGAUGCCGAAGAAGAGGGGGCGAGCCAAACGGAAGGCAAGCACUCGCAGUAGAAAGGUUACCCGCGCCGCGAGCGAGGACUCUUUAGAAGAAGACGAGUGA